AUGAUUGAAUCUGGAAGUACUCGAGAUUACCAGGAACAGCCGUGGACGAUUGUAACUGGUGGUGACAUCGAUAUCCGCCAUGCAAGUUUCUCCUCGAAGAUUUCUCACGUAGAAACAACUGCCUCAAGCGAUGGAGGUUGGAAUGGUAAUGUCACCACAAGGCAUGGUAAUGUGUCGAGAAGUUCGAAUGAGCUCGGGGAUUCUAGAAACUCAAUGGACGAACCGCGUUCCAUACAGGAAGCUUCGAUUCGGAUGAUCCUUCUGGGUGCGUCUGUGUCGAUUUUCGAUGACAACUUCUCAAAUGACAAAGGGGUAAUGCGUGUGAAGCCCACGGAUGACUAUUUGCUACAAAUCGAACCCGCCAGCUCGCGUCAUCCGGGCUGGGUAAUUACGAGGAAAUACGCUGAUUUCGAAGUUCUCCAUGAAGUUUUACGACGCAUUUCGGUUGUUUCAGGGGUAUCUGAUUUUGUAGAACAACACAGAGAACUGCCAACCUGGAAAGGUCAGUACCAGUCAGACCUACGGCAAAGCCUUGAGCGCUACCUUCAGCAUGCCCUACGCUUCGAGCGGCUCGCUGGAUGCGAGGCUAUGAAAAGGUUUUUAGAAAAAGAGCGAAGUGUUGCGACAUCGUCCCCGAAUGGGAUCGGGAAGAGCGGAUUUUCAUUUCCGAGCCAGGCGGUGUUUGAAAAUAUGGGCAAGGGGGUACUGGAAGUCCUAAGCAGUGCUCCUAAAGGGGUAGCAGGGGGUGGUAAGGCUGUCCUUGAAGGUGUCACUGGAGUGUUUGGAGCGGGCAGUAGUGUUAAGAAACGUUCGGUUGACUUUGCCCUCAGGGACAAGGUAGACCCGAAGUUGAGAAUGCCCCCUAACGGGUUCUUCAAUAAUAAAGUUGCAAUCAGUCAGAACAGUGAUGGGACGGCAGAGACGGCUUCCCCUUCGCGUCCAGACACGGAGCACUAUAUUCCUCUUGGCUCUGGCUCGAUUGAAAAUGCGUUCGAAAAACCUCUAACUUAUGUUACACACGAGGAUGCGGAGGGAAACGAAGAGGAGCAAUCGGUCUUCAAGAGACCAGUCGCGGAUCGGUUAUCUCCUUCUCUUUCUCCUGAACACGUGGGCCAGAACCAAGAGAACGGACCCGUCACUAGUAAAAACCGCCUGCAAGAAGUCGAGCCCGUAUCAACCGGUCUAGCCGGUCAAGUAACAGGCUUUAACGGCAAUACGGCUGUCCAGCCUGAAUCAGACUUCGAAUCUUUGAACUCUCACCUUAACCCUUACUCAACCGAAGUGAGGGUUAUGCCUCUCUCCGAGGAAGAGACUGGUGUCGCAGUUGAACUACUAUUUGCUGUCAUUAACGAACUAUAUGCCUUGUCCUCUGCCUGGGGAAUUAGAAAAAAACUGUUGAAUGCAGCGAGAUCGUUUUUGCUCCGACCUGGGAAUCCAAAUAUUGAAGGUAUUCGUCUCCUGAUGCAGCAAUCAAUUAUUGAAUCCAAUGCCUCUGAUGAUGCCCUUGCGACGUACAUCACUGCCCUACGUCAAAAUGCACUGCCAACUGAAGAUGAACUCAAAUCGAUCCCCCCUCCCUUGACUGAUGAUGAACAGAUGGAGCUUCGGAUCAAGGCUCGAAAGUUGCUAGUGACAUGA